CACUCUAUGAACAAACGAGUUUUAUCUUUCCUUUAUUUUAUUAAGUUCUUCAUGCUUGUUUGAUAAGAUUUAGUUGUUUGUAUCUUCUGCAGACCGUUGCACAUUCUUCAGGGGAACACCGACAACUUCAGUCCCAGCAAACGUCAAAGAAACUUUUUUGGAUCCUGAUUGGUCGCCUGGCGCGGGAGAGGGGAGAACUAUAAGUAACCAUGGCAACGGCGGUGUACCACUCAACAACAUUUGGUCAGUGUAGUCGCAAAAUGAAGGGGACGACCGAGGACACGAUGGCUCCGGUGAAGCUGCGACCUCUGAGGACUCCUUCGGGGACGACCAUAGCAGCUGAUCUAGCCUCUGCAUCCAACCACGAGAACCCAUACACAUAUGAGCUGGUGGAGAGCAUAGCAAAGUAUUUGCUAGACAGAGUUCCUGAGUCAGUCAGGCCUACCAUUGGAAUCAUUUGUGGCUCUGGAAUGGAUCUCCUCGGUGUUUCAGGACCUCUGGCGGACAUGUUGAGUGACAAAGUGGCGUUCCCGUAUGAGACCAUCCCGCAUUUCCCUCAGAGCACCGUGCCGGGGCAUGCUGGGAGGCUAGUGUUCGGCAAACUCAAUGGUAUACCCAUCAUGUGCAUGCAGGGCCGCUUCCACUACUAUGAGGGUUACCCUCUGUCCAAGUGCUCGAUGCCAGUUCGAGUGAUGAAGCUUGUGGGCGUAACUCACCUGGUGGUGACCAACGCGGCCGGAGGUCUCAACCCAGAGUACGAAGCUGGGGACAUCAUGAUCAUGAAGGAUCACGUCAACUUCAUGGGGUUUGCCGGCAACAAUCCUCUGCAGGGCAUCAAUGAUGAGAGGUUUGGGCCUCGUUUUCCAGCCAUGAACCGAGCGUAUAAUGCCAAGUUGUUAUCUGUGGCUAAGGAGGUGGCUAAAGAGCUUAACAUGGAGAAGAUAACAAAGGAAGGAGUUUACGCUCAACUAGGAGGUCCUAACUUUGAGACAAUCGCAGAGCUGCGUAUGUUACGUACGUGUGGUGUGGAUGCCGUUGGUAUGAGCACGGUGGCUGAGGUGUUGACUGCUCAUCACUGUGGCAUGUACAUCUUCGCCUUCAGUCUCAUCACCAACAUGUGUAUCAUGGACUACGACAGUCUGGAGGAGGCCAACCACACGGAGGUCAUACAGAUCGGAAAACUACGAGAACCUCUGCUCAAGAAGUUUGUAGCUCGGAUGGUAUCCAGGCUUCCAGAAAUCCAGAAAACUCAGCAAAUCGCGAAUGCUCAGGAGGCGUGAUUCUCACACAUAACGCCACAAGCCUGAAAAGUAUAAGGUUCCAAUCUAUCUUAAGGAUUGUGUCCACAAGUGUAUAGGCAAUUACUUUGCUGAUCAAGUUUGUGUUGCGGAACACUUGAACAAAUUUUCCACCACAUUUUCCAUCUAGUAUUGUAGUUUUAAGAACAUCAUUCUCAGAGUGCUCAAGCUGAUAUCUACUCAGUAGCAAGAGAACAGAUAUCCAUUUUUAUAUGUUCCUGAGCGCCUUUUCCAUAGCUCAGUUGCAGAAUUACCGCUUGACUGUUAUAGUUAUGUAAAUAGAGUGUUUCUAAUCUGCUUUAUUGUGAUGAAUCCUGAAAGUUAUAGGGAUAGUGAUUAGGUUGAGACGAUCAAAGACUCAAGAUAUAAGAUCUGGUUUCAACUUAUGUAUUAAACUACUAAAAUUGUGUUUUAUAACUAUCUCCAAUCAUAUAUGAGCAUUUUAAGUGUAAUUAAAAAAUGUUUACACUUUCAUAAAGUAACCACUUUUUAACAAAUCCAACAAAAACUGGUAAAUUUCUAUAUUAGAAAUGCAACUAGUUAAGAACACUAUUAUGUAGCCUAAAGAUAAGAUUAGCGUAUAUGAUUGUUAAUGAGUGUAGUCUAGUGAUUUUAGAUUAUUAUAGCUGUGCUAUUUAUACAUAAUUUACCUUUGUAUUAAUCAAUUUACUAAGAGAUAUUAAGUAUAGUGACAGUAUAAUAUUUUUACUCUGUCUGUUUUACACACUUUUAUAUAUUUUGUAGAAUGUUUCCGUAAGUAAAUCUUAGUUUAAUUGUUGAAAAAAUCAACUUUUUGUUCAUGUACAUUUAAAAGCUUUAUAAAUGUAAGUAUUUCUAAUUUCUUGAAUAAAAUAAAGUUUUGUUUUGUAAA